AUGGACGACGACUUGAACAAGCCCAACCCUCGGCGGGUGCAGCCGCCACAACGACUUCCUGGAUCACAGGCACCUUCCUCGCCGUCAGAGGCUCGCAGCCCCUGGCAACAGUGGGCUGGUCUUCUUCAAGGAAUGGACGUCACCUUCGAAGGGAAGAAGCAGCAGUUUGGUCCAGAUGGUGAGCCUUUGGAGCACACUUUCGGGACUGGAGCUGCUGGAGCUUUGGAGCACACCUUCGGGACCCAUAAACAGAAGAAGCCGGAACUUCAGAUGCAAGGAUGGUUCCGUGCUGAGAGUGGGAGGAUGGACCUCGAGCCCCUGGCACGGCGAAGUUUGCAGGCCAUUUGCGACACAGUUGAGGACAUGAAGCAACGCGGUAGAUGUCUGACAGGCAAGUUCACCAACGACCCCGAGAUUCUACCUGACGUUCGUUUCUUCGGUGUGCUGCCCUUCGCUCCGGAGAAGUCCCAACUCCUCGUGCCCGACGCUCGAGAGAUCAUUCAGGAGGAGCCCAUCUUCGGGGAAGAGGACGAAGACGAGUAUGAGCCAGUGGAAGCACAACCAGACAAGACCGAUCGAUGGAAACGGCUUUCAGAGUUCGAGCCUUUGGCUUCUGGCACUGCCAUGCUCUUCGACGAGAGCCGUGUGAACGCCACGGCGCAUUUCGGCCGAGUCUACCCGGGACAUCUUGACAACAUGUACCUGGUGGAAGCUUUGAAUGCGAUUUCACUUCGCCCGGCACUGGCGCGCUCCCUCUUCCUCUGCUACGACACGAAGCGGGCAGUGUACAUCCUCCGCAUCUUCAAGAACGGAAUAUGGCUGAAGGUGGAGGUGGACGAUUACGCACCCUUGGCUCCAAACGGCUUCGAGCCGUUGUGCUGCCGUUCCGAGCACUUCCCCUACAUCCUGUGGCCAUCCCUGGUCGAGAAAGCCUACGCCAAGGUCCACACCCUGCGGGACGGGCAAAAUCCGGACGACAACAGUGGCGGCUGGAUGGCCAUCGGCGGCGGCGGCCAGGUGGAGGAUGCGCUUGCAGAUCUCACGGGCGGUGUGAGCGGCCGCUUCUACACCCAGGAUGUGUCCCCGGAUCGCCUUUUCCUUUACCUCUACAACCUGCAGCGCGACACGCUCUUCUUGUGCCAUGUCAACGAAAGCAAGUGCGCCAGGAAGGGCAUCCCAUUGAAUCCGUGCGCGGCACAUGUAAUCAAUCGCGCCGCCACCCACGACGGCCGCUGCUAUGUGCAGGUCUUCAGCGCAGACCCUAAGGGUCCUCGCGAUGGUGGGCUUUCCGAGCUUACUGUGCCCAGCGAGCUGCUGCGUGACUACCCCGAGAAGAGCUACGAGGGCUUCUUUUGGCUGGCCAUUGAAGACUUCCACGCCUACUUCAGCACAAUCAUCGAAUGCCGUCUGACCAGCAGCCCUGAUGUUGGCAUCGUCGGGAUGCCACCGCCUCGGCUGGCAGGCGAGCCGACAGGCCGAGAGCCGCUGUACUUCGAGACGGUUUUCGCGAACCCGGGGCAGAUCGCCGGGAUCAACUCGCCAGAAAUCAGUGUGCAAACGCCAUCCGCACCUUGCGAGAUCAUCAUCUCGGCGCAGCAGACGGACUCCCGCAUCACACAGGUGGGUGAUCACCGGAAGCCAUACGUUCCGCUGCUGAUCAAAGUCUAUGAGAACUUGGGAGCCGGGAACGUCUACAGCGCACACGUGGUCUGCAGAUCAAACUGGAUUCCGACGCGCGACGCCAUGGUGGCGUUUCAGACGGCUGGAGGAGGAUCCUUCAAAGUGGUUUUGGAGAUGCCAGAGGGUGCCAUGUGCGAUCGCUUGAUCCUGCGGUGCUACUCUUCACUCCCAUACACAGAGUUCUUCGUCAACCCGUCGAUGGCCAAGCACCUGCUGGCACUCCCCCAGGGCCCACCCAUUGCCUCGCGCUUUACCUUGGUCGGCACCGUGGACCCCGGCAGGAUCGCCCGCACCGACAUCCCCGAGCCAAUGAGCGACAACUUGGACGAUGUGAGGCGGCGCCAUGCCUCCAGCAGUGGAGCAGGAUGCGUCGCCAUGUGA